ACACGCUUUGAAAGUAACAUGACGUUGAAACUGAUACAAAUACAUCUGUAGAUUUAGUAAUACAAACUCCGUCUGUAUGGUAGCGCGUAGUUAUCUUAAUAAGAUAAUAUUUAAAUUGUUUCUGAUAAAACUAGUUCCAUUCAGUGUGUAGUUGUGAAGCGCGCGAAAGAGAAUGUUGGAAUCUGAAGGAAACGCCGUCAUCAAGCCCAAGCGGAUGAUUCUGCUCGACGUGCUGAUGGCGUGUUGGGGGAUGAGCACGUGGCUGGGCGUCAACGGCAUGUAUGUGCAGCUGCCGUUGUUGGUGCAAGAGCUGCCCGAGGGCUGGGCGCUGCCCACCUCCAUGACCGUGGCCGUGUCCUCCGCCAACAUCGGCCUGAUCGUGUACGCGGCGCUGCGUCGGGUUGUUCCACGCGUACUAGACUCACACUACAUCUUAGGACUACUAGUUACAGUAACUUUAUCCCUGUUCAUCAAUGCGUUUGUGUACACAGAAACAGCCGUAGUCGGAACCACCGAGCGUUCGGUUGCGUUUCUCAUAUUAACGUUUUUCGUGGCAUUAGUGGGAUGUACUAGUUCAGUGCUGUUCUAUCCGUACUUGAGACAUUUCAGGGAUAUUUAUUUAGCCACGUACCUGGUUGGGGAAGGAUUGAGUGGAUUUUUACCUAGUAUUAUAGCACUAAUACAAGGUGCGAGUGGCGCCCCAGAGUGUAUCCCGUCGACUGACAAUACAACCAUAGAGGCGCAUUACCCGCCGCCGCGUUUCGAGCCCAAGGUGUUCAUGCUACUGCUCAGUGGUCUCGCCGUCAUCAGUGUGGUUAGUUUCGUAUUUAUAGAUAAAACCGAAAAAUUCUCAUCAGAGAAAAAUUCCAAAGCGAUCGAAAAUCACGGAUCCAGUGAAGAACUGAAAGAGAAAGAACCAGAAGGAUCAGAAGACGAACACUCUUGGUAUCACCCACGUUGGAUUUCUUUGACAAUUCUGGUGGUGGUUUUGAAUGCUUUAUCGAAUGGAGCGAUGCCUUCGAUUCAAUCGUAUUCAUGCAUGCCCUAUGGGAAUGACGUGUAUCACCUGGCAGUGACACUGAGCACGAUGGCCAAUCCGACCGCGUGCCUGGUGGGCGUGUGGCUGCUGGCGUCGCCGCGAUUGCUGGCGUCGCUGCUGCUGCUGGCCGGCUUGCCUUUCGGAUUCAUCCUCAGCACAGCACUGAUGAGUCCGACACCGCCGCUUAUUGAUACCGCCGGCGGGGAUGCUCUAGUGGUGAUGUCAUGGGUGAUAUUGACAGCGGUGAUCUCAUAUUCGCGCAUGUGGACGCUGUCGCUCGGGCGGCACGGCGGUGUCGGAGUCAUGCGCUCGCUCGGCGCGUUCUGCCAGCUCGGUUCGCUUGUCGGCUCGCUCACCUUGUUCGCCAUCGUCAACUAUACUGACACCUUUAUACAGGCCCCGGCCUGUCCAGCGCUUUAAAUCUAAGUACCGCUUCUUGGAUUGAUUAUUCGUUUAUUUUUUUACAUUAGUCCAAACUCCAAAGUAUUUUUUAUGUGAUCUCAAAUGAAUAAAUUAUAUUGAGGUAAUUUUUGGCAGAAGUUACUAUAUUUAAAACGUGGUAAACUUCAAACCAUAAAUACACAGAAAUUAUCCUACUAAUAUUAAAAAUCAUAAAUGUCAAAGUCUAUGAGGAUGUGUGUAGGUAUUGACUGUCGGUCUACUGGAAGGAUUGUUAUGAAAUUUGGUACGCGGGUGGAAUAUAACCUGAAAACCUAAAAUAACUUUACUUUUAUCCUGAAAUUCCCAUGGGAGCGAAGCCCCGGGAAUAAUAAAAUUAUCACUUUGUUAAAAUACGACUAUAAUUAGGUCUGUUAUUUUAGUUAUGUUUUACUAUAACACCUAGGUAUACUAACUACUACUAACUAAACUACAUAUUAUGUAUAUAUUAACUACACUAACUACUAAUAAUUUAAUAUACGUACGCAAUUAUAAAAAAUACAAAAAGUUAUUUACUUAUUAUAAAACUCUCAAAAAUGUGUUUUUAGUACA